CCAGAGGACUCCCCUCGGCCAUUUCCUCAGCCACACCAGCCGCAGCCAGCACCAUGUCGAGACUGGAGACCGCCAUGGCCUUGAUCAUCGAGGUCUUCUCCCAGUACGCGGGCGCAGACGGCAACGCGCGGAGUCUGAGCAAGGGGGAGAUGAAAGUGCUCCUGGAGAAGGAGCUGCCCGGCUUCCUGCAGAGCGGAAGGGACAAGGAGGCCGUGGACAAACUGCUCAAGGACCUGGACGCCAACGGAGACGCCACGGUGGACUUCAACGAGUUCAUAGUGUUUGUGGCUGCCAUCACGUCUGCCUGUCACUCGUACUUCCAGCAGAAAGGACUCAGCUAAGGCCCUGCAGACCCAGAUUCUUGAAGGGGGGCCCAGGGAGCAGGCCCCUGGCUUCCAGAAAGCUCUGGGCAGCAAUUAUUUCUCUGGGAUGAGCCAGCUGAUUAAUAAAAUGCUUGUGAAAUGA